AGUGAGCUAGACCCUCUACUUCAAACACUCAGAAUCUGCCAUUCUUGCCAAGCAAAAAUGUUCAAGAAACCUCUAUUGCAGCCAAUUUCAGUAGCCAUCUUCAUCUGUUUCAUCUCCAUCAACCUGUUCUCUUUGUCUGCUGCUCUAAACGAUGAGGAAUUUUCUGGUCAUGUGGGUCCUGUGGUGAAGAAAGAUCAAAGGAAAUCACUGGUUGUAACUGAAUAUGGUGAGAUCUCAGUCAUUGAGAUCGCCGAUGGAAUCAAAGGGCCCCACCACAUCCAGUUAAUUACGUUGGAGCCAAACUCACUGUUUCUUCCUGUGCUUCUCCAUGCUGACAUGGUGUUUUAUGUUCACACGGGGAGUGGAAGGUUGAGUUGGGUUAAAGAUGAAGACUUGAAAACAGUGGAUCUGAAGCGAGGAGAUAUAUUUAGGCUCCAACCAGGCUCUGUUUUCUAUAUAGAGAGUGACUUGGAGACUGAACGUGAAAAGCUCAGGAUUUAUGCUAUCUUUGUUAAUUCUGACGAUGAAGACUUGCAUACCUCAAUUGGGGUAUACUCGAGCAUUAACGAUCUGGUCCGUGGCUUUGGUAAAAGAACGCUUCAGGCAGCUUUCAAGGUCCCAGAAGAAGUGAUACAGUCGAUUACAAAUGCAACCGAAAGAAGACUAAUCGUCCAUGCAGGACCAAAGGAGGAAAAAGAAGACACAUCGGAAUUGGGAGCUCGGUACCUGAAAGCCUUGGUAGGAAGCAUAGAGAACAAGAAGAAGAAGAAAAAAGACAAAGCCUAUAACAUCCGUCAUGCUAAACCUGAUUUUGAGAACUGCAAUGGGUGGAGCACAACGGUGACCAAGAAAGACUCAGAUUUGCUCAAGGGUUCAAACAUUGGCAUUUUCAUGGUGAAUUUGACCAAGGGCUCGAUGAUGGGACCUCACUGGAAUCCAAAAGCAAGCGAGAUAUCAAUAGUAUUGCAUGGACAAGGAAUGGUUCGAGUGGGUUGUCCGAGCAGCAGCACAAACAGCACGAAAUGCAAAAACAUGAGGUUCAAGGUUAAAGAAGGAGAUGUGUUUUGUGUGACGAGGUUCCACCCCAUGGCUCAGAUAUCAUUCAACAACGACUCGUUUGUUUUCAUGGGUUUCAGUACAACAACCGGUAGGAAUCAUCCUCAGUUUUUGGCCGGAAAGAGUUCGGUGUUGCGGACUUUGGACCGAGAUGUUUUGGCAGUGUCCUUCAAUGUUACAAACACUACCAUUGAUAGACUUUUGGCUCCGCAAGUGGAAUCUGUUAUUCUGGAUUGUACUUCUUGUGCUGAGGAAGAAGAGAGGUUCAUGGAAGAGGAAAUUGAAAAGGAAAAGGAGGAAGAGGAAGCCCGAGAGAGAGAAGAGGAGGAGAAGAAGAGAGAGGAAGAGGAGGCAAGGGAGAGAGAAGAAGAGGAGAAGAAGAGGGAGGAGGAAGAGGAGGCAAGGGAGAGAGAAGAAGAGAAGAAGAGGGAGGAAGAGGAGGCAAGGAAGACAGAGGAAGAGAAGAAGAGGAGGGAGGAAGAGGAGGAGGAGGCGAGGAGGAGGGCUGAAGAGGAAGCAAGGAAGAGGGCGGAGGAAGAAGCCAGGAAAAGAGCGGAAGAGGAAACAAGGAAGAGGGCAGAAGAGGAGGCUAUGAAGAGAGAGCAAGAAGAGGCCACGAAACAACAAGAAGAAAGAAGGGAAAAGAGAAGAGGAGAAGACGAGGGUGCUGGUGAAGAACCAGGGAAGGAAGAAGGAGAAGCAGAGAGACAGCAAGAAGAGGCCAGGAAACAAGAACAAGGUAAGGAAGAGGAGGGUGGCGGAGAACCAAGGAAGCAGGAAACAGAGGCAGAGAGAGAGCAGGAAGAGGCCAGGAGGCAACAAAAAGAAAAGAAAAAGAGAAGCGGAAAAGAGGAGGGUGUUAGAGAACCAUGGAAGGAAGACGCAGAAGCGAGGAGUGAAGAGCAAGAAAAGGAAUGGGUGAAAAUGUAUUUGAAGAUGUGGAAAGGUUGAUGGCUAAGGGAUUCCAGUGGAUUACAUAAUGCAUGCCGCCAUCCUCUGUGGAAGUUUUGUCUGUUAUGCUUAAUAAUAGCAAUAACCAGUUUGCACCAAAUUUCACACUUACUUCACACUUAAUUCGCCUCUCUCCCUUCUGUGAAUGAAUGGAACUCUUCCUUCAGCUUUGUUA